CAUGAUGCUGGUAUGUUGGCUGGCUCAAACUUCCUUCAAGACAUGGAACAAAAUGCUUUUUCUGUGGAUGGGAGACCAUUUUGCAUAUAUGGGGAUCACGCUUAUCCACAGAGGAUUCAUCUACAAUCUCCUUUUCAGCAUGGGGUAAUCACAGACAGAAUGAAAGAAUUCAACAAGCAAAUGAGUUCAGUUAGAGUGUCUGUGGAAUGGUUAUUUGGAGAUGUGAUCAACUCAUUCCGGUUCAUGGACUUCAAAAAAAACCUCAAAAUAGGUCUAAGUAGUGUUGGGAAAGCAUAUAUUGUCUGUGCAUUGUUAAGAAAUUCACUCACUUGCAUGUAUGGAAAUAUAACAUCCAAGUUUUUUCAGUUAUAUCCUCCAACCUUGGAGAAUUACUUUAUAACUAAUUAAUGAAUGCCAAAAUGACUUAUUAUUAAACACACAAACAAUUAGCAAGUAUGUAUCAUGUUAUGUAAAUACUGACAAAUGUAAGUGAGAAAGUAUUUAUAGUUCAAAUAACAAAACAUUAAAAGUUCAUAGUUACACA